UUAGAGUCUAGUGCUCGGACGGUUAGCACGUGGGGAGGAGAGCGAUUUACAGAGGGGGGACACGUUGGGAUUGAGUUGGGCCCAGGUUAUCGAUAUAAUUAAACUACAAUUCACGGUGGCGGUACGGGAUAAAAAUAAUCACGGUGUAGUUGCUAGGGUCCAGAGGAGAUGCCAUUGAGGUUCCGUUCCUUCGUCCCGUACACACUGCCAGGGGUGCUGGCACUGAUAGGCUGGUGGUGGUACAUCUCCCGCAAGAAAGGACGAAUCACCAGCCACGAUUCGGAGGAGGGGGUAAGCCCUGCGGCGAUGGGGCUGCUGGCAUCCCCCAGCGAGGGCAGUAACGGGACUCUGGAGAGGGGGCCCCACCGCAAGCCCAGCCGGGCCCGGUGCAGGGUGCAGGAGGAGCCCCUGCUGGGUCAGGAGGUGACCCCCGAGGUCCCCGCCCCCCUGAGGGCGGCGGUAGAGAGGGCAGACGCCCCCGCCUCCUCUUCCUGUGCCCUCGCCGCGGAGACGGGGGGAGCUGAGGCCGCCGGACGGAGGGGCUCGGACACGGGGCCGGAGGAGCCUGUGGAGGAGAGCGCCGCACUCCUGGGACCAGAGGAAGAGGAAGACGUCGGCGCAGAAGUACAGCUCGACGCCACGCAAGCUGUUGCCACAGCGACAGUUGACUCCAGCGCCACUCCCGCCCCGGAGGUGGAGGAGGAGAGUCGGGGCUCGCCGGGCCCCCCCCAGACGCCCGCCCCGGCGCAGGCCAGCGCCGUGCGGCCCGAGCCCGAAGGGGAGGUGGCGGCGGCCCGAACGGCAGUGCCUUGCGCCGACGCUCCGCCCUCUAAACCCGCCCCGCCGGCGGCCAGCGCGGCCGCUACCACCACGAGCGCCGUCGCCCUUCCCCCCUCCGCUCACACGGCUGCCGUGGAAACGGGCAGACUCGGCCCCGCCCAGGAGGACGGGGAGGCGGGGGAAAGUUCCGGAAACACGGGGGAGAUCGAGCGGCUUGCCGCCGGGCUCAUCACAGAGGUCAUCCUGGCCGCUGCCCAGGAAGUUCUGACUGUCAGCCGGGCUGAGGGUGGGGACACGGCCGGCGUUGGGGCUGGGGGCAGGGCUUUGUGUCAAAGCCAGAAAGUUGAGGAGGAGGAAGAGAGCGGGGGUGUCUGGGAGCCCAGCAGCAGCACCCCUGUAACCAAUGGGAGGCUAUGUGCCUCACGAGACCCGCCCCCUGAGGACGGUCCUCCCUCAAAGGGCCUUUCCGAGUCGGGGAUGGAGGAGGGCAAAUCGCUGUCUUCAGCGACGAACACGCCCUCGACUGCCGGACUCCGGCUUUCUGACCCCGGAGGGGAGGAGCUUAACGGUUUCCUGGCCCCCCCGGUGUGGGAGGAGCCUGUUGGCUCCAGCAAGCAGGUUGAGCUGAGAAGCCCCGCCCCCUGCCGGGCGGUGCCGGAGGCCACGCCCCCGAGCCUGGCGAAGCUGCGGGCGGAGGAAGGGGGCGGGGUGGCUGAGGAUUCGGGGUGCAGUACGUGCCAGUCGGAGGAUGGGGUGAGCAGCGAGGAUCUGCUCCACAGUACAAGGCUCUCCUGCCCACCUCCUGGAGACAGUGAGGACCUGCUGCACAGUUUAGCGCUCUCCUGCCCACCUCCUGGAGACAGUGAGGACCUGCUGCACAGUUUAGCGCUCUCCUGCCCACCUCCUGGAGGCAGUGAGGACCUGCUGCACAUCUCGGGGAUCUCUCGAGGCCGGACCUCCGAAGGGCCGGGUGACGGCCCGGGGCGGGGGCCGAGUCUGGAGGGGGCGGGGCCACCUUGCAACGGCAAGGGGCUGAAUGGUGCGGGCGUCGGCAACGGAGCCCACCUGGCCGGAGAGGCUGAGGCGGAUCAGUCAGGAGGUUCCGAUGUGAACAGUAUGGACAGUGUGGACAGUGGCUGCACUCUGGGGGCAGGAGAUGGUCACAGCGGAAGCACACAGAGUUCAGAACUCAUCAUCUGGGAGAUCGAGGUGCCAAAGCAUCUGGUGGGCCGAUUAAUUGGGAAACAGGGGAGAUACGUGAGCUUCCUGAAGCAGAGUUCCGGAGCGAAGAUCUACAUCUCCACCCUGCCUUACACCCAAGAGUUUCAGAUCUGUCACAUAGAGGGUAUGCAGCAGCAGGUGGAUAAAGCCUUGGCCCUCAUAGGGAAGAAGUUCAAGGACUUGGACCUGACCAACCUCUAUGCCCCACCCCCUCUUCCCCUCACCCUGCCCUCCCUGCCCAUGACGUCCUGGCUGCUCCUGCCCAACGGGGUGACGGUGGAGGUCAUCGUGGUGAACAUCGUUUCGGCUGGACACGUGUUCGUGCAGCAGCACACACACCCCACGUACCACGCUCUCCGCAGCCUGGACCAACAGAUGUUCCUCUGCUACUCUCAGCCGGGCACUCCUGCCUUACCAUCGCCCGCUGAAGUCGGUGUGAUCUGCGCGGCUCCAGCGGUUGAAGGUGCGUGGUGGCGAGCGCAGGUCAUUUCCUUCUACAAAGACUCCAAUGAGGUGGAGAUCCGAUAUGUUGACUACGGCGGCUAUGACAGAGUCAAGAUCGACACGCUUCGGCAGAUCAGAUCAGACUUUGUAACGUUGCCGUUCCAAGGAGCUGAAGUUUUGUUAGACAACAUCGCACCUCUCCCUGGUGAGGAGCGCUUUUCUGUCGAGGCCAACUCUGCCCUGGAGGAGAUGACGAGAGGCGUGGCCUUGCUAGCGCAGGUGACGAACUAUGACAAUAACACGGGCCUGCCCUUGGUCCAGAUGUGGAACAUGGUGGGGGAUGAGCUGGUGUCAGUGAACCGCACUCUCGCAGAACGAGGAAUUGGCACCUGGGUGGACAGCUUCUGAACCCCGCUGGUCCCACCUCGAUGCCCCGCCCUAAUCCCCCCCCCCACCCCCCCACACUCCACUCUGCCCUGACCUUCCUGUCCUGCACCCUCUCCUGUCACUGCACACUGGAGUUUGGCACCUGUUCUGGGCAGCCCCACACCUGCACCCCUGGUUUUCCCGCUCUGGAGGUUUUCAGUUUGCACUUUUUCUUUUUCUCGGGGAGAACUCUUUUCCUCUCCUUAAAUCCUUCAUGAAAUCUGCAGCUAAGGAUUAUCAGUGAAUUGAAGUACCACUUUGCAAACACACCCCCCCCCCCACAGAUGCCCCCCCUAAAAAAAAAGAAAAAAAAAUAGAAAAGAAGAUAAAAGUACUUGUGCUCCUUGAUAAUGUAAAUUUCAGAAAAGAGAAAAGAGAUCUAUAGAGUGACUGAAUAAAGGUUGAUUCCGUCCUACCUGGAGUCUCCUGGUCGCCUGAUUGACCUGCAGGAGGCUUGGCUCACCUGUGCUGGACACACUGUGCUCAGAUGCCCUGCUACAGUAAUCAACAGGAGUGCAGAAACCCACAGUACGUUACUAACAGGAGUGCAUUCUUCACCUUUACUGUCCAACCUCUUGCUUUUUCUCUCAGGAUGUCUUUUGGUGCGGAUCCUCGACAGUUUUCAAGGUUUUUAUUUUUUAUUUUUAUCAUUUUAUUUUUUUCCUCAGUUUUGGUAGUUGAUUCAUUGGCAGGCUGGCUGGAAUACGAAACGGAUGUUUUUGGUCUGUUGGACUGUACGAGAUCAUGUCAGGUUGCGGUGCAGGUCUUGGCCGGACAUUUCUGUGGCUUGGACUGUGGGAGAGCGGAAAGCUGACACAAAGCACGGUGCUCCUAUCCUGUGUCCUGUAGCCCUGUACAUCACUGUGGCCUUAUGGGUAAUUCAUCUGUGAGGCCUGCGACUACAGGAUUAGUGGCAGCGGGGGCGUGCUCCAAAGUGCCCCCCUCCCCUUGAUAACGUACACAAAAACACACACAGUCCACUGGUGAGGGUUCUGCGUCGGUCACCUGCUGCCCCUGUAGCACUGCUCACGUGACUGUAUUGAUGUAGGAACUACCACUCGGGCUGGCUGCGAGUUUGCUCAUUUUACACAUUUACGGUGAACUUCAGGUGAUGCGGUGGCAGCUGCUGCAUUCGAAGACAUUGCCGAGGUGGGUAGGGGAUAGGAAAACACCCAUUGGCUCACAGGCAAGCCGUGUAUGAUCAGACGUCUGCUAGCGGUGUGUAUCUGCGCAGGCUGCAUGUGCAACCCCUUCCCCUUCUCAUACACCCUUAAUCACCCUCACGCCACCAAAUCGCACUCGAGGUCUCGUCUAACGAGUCCCUCCUACACAUCAGUUGGCGGGCUUCUCCUGGUCCUGCCCGAGGUCUCUUGGUGACUUCUAUGUGCCCAGGGUUCCCCAAACGGUUUGUGUUUCUGGUACGCAGUGAGAUGCCGGUGUCCCACCACUGCUGCGCCUCCCUGGCUAAGGCUGCUCUGUCUCGGCUCCACCAUCGUUUCAACCCUUUAAAAUGCUCCUUGAAGGAGCUAGGAGCUAGCAGCAAGGAGGUUCCCAUAGGAUUCUUCAGCAUGGGAACACAAGUGCAUCCUUUGCAGAAGUACUUUUCACAAUACUUUCAGACAUACAAACGAUCAACUUGUGGAUCCACCUCCAAAAUGUUCAAUUUGCCCGAUUAACUUUUCCUCAAUUCCUUUGUCCUUGCAUGCUUUACUUGUCUCCUUUAAUGGGUGGAGCUAGGGGCAAGGAAUGGAGUUUGGGGGCCCAGGACAUUUGUUAGAUUUGCUCUACCUUGCAGUGUGAUUUACUGCAAUGUGAAAGUGGAGAGAGCUUUUUAAAAUUUAAAUAAGGGAAUGUACACUUAACAGGUUUUCACAUCACAGCGAUGGCUGUGGUUUGAAAAGACACUAAUGGAGGGACACGAUUGGUCAGGUUUUCCUGCCCCCUGUUCUUGCUGCUUUGACUGCCGUUCAUUCCUUAUUGAUACUGACUGUAGGACGGAACACCCUCAUCUCCGGCAGCUGAUUGGCCACAUCCUGCUGCCUGCACCCGAUUGGGCCACAGCGUAGAGUUUCACUACUAUUAACUCUAUCGGCAUGUUGCUCGUACCCAUUUAAUGACCCAAAGUGUCCGAGAAGUGGUUUUGCCGCCACCCCAAUUAUACACAAUCAUCCUCACUCAUUUGCAUUUUGCUUCAGUCAUAUCAGUUAUUCUUGUGCAUUGAAUGUUUUUUUAUUUCUAUUUUUUUUAUUUUAUAAAGCUUUUGAGUUUCAUCUCAUUUGCUAUCAUAUACCAAAAAUAUAUGUGGAUCAAGGCUGAAUAUUUGGAUUGCUGGCUUUGAGUGCUUGCUCACAGUAGACCCUCCCUGUGAUGCACACGCAAGUGAAACACACCUGCUAUGUAAACUGACAACUGACAACUUGCCAAGUAAAAAUGGAGAACUUAAAUGUGAGAUUUGGAAUGCUAAUAGAGGGUAAAAGCUGUGCUUCGGUCUGGAACUGCGACAGGUUUCAUUACUGUGUGGGGAGUCUGUCCUAAAAACACUAUUAUAAAUGUUUAAUGUACCUCUGCUGUUGGUGCGGAGUCUCUUGAUUCUGCUUUGUGCGUUUUACUGACGGUCAGUGACUCGUGGUCGUUGCUGUUGAAGAUCUGGGAUUUUUACUGUGCUGACAGAGGGGCCUCACAAACCCACCAUGGGCAGAACUUUCACACAAGGUUAGCAGCUGACUCCAGGGAACCAGUCGAAUGAUUACAAAACACAACACUGUGAUUGGUUCAAAUCAGCGAGUCUCCUCCCUCACUCUCGCAUCACUAAUUUCUACUGAAACCGCCCAGAUCUUGCAGCUAAUUAAUGGUUUUAACUCUUCUGUCCGGUCGAGAUCGAACCAGACAAGGGAUCAGGAAACCACCUGUUAAAAGAUGUGAAUACUGAACUUAUUUUUAUAUGAAUAUUUCAACUCCGUAUUCCACUGAGCAGAUUUGCCCUCGUCACUGGUCAAAUCGGUACCUGGUGUGUAUAAAAAAAAUAAAAUAGAGGUUUCCUCCACCCCUACCCCAUCCUGCCCCCAUCCUGUCUGUCUGAUUCAUAAGGCCAGAGCCCUGGACUUGAGCAGAUCUGUGUAAAUACAAUAUUUCACUGUACUUUUGUAAAACACAGAAGACUGUAAGGAAUUAAAGGGAUCAUUCUGUUCUUGUCUUCUCUCUCCAGUACACCCCCCCCCCCCCCCCCCAUUCCCACUCCUUCCAAAUCUGUUGUUCUCUGCUGAUAGGACUGGUUUGCAGUGUUUGCUUAGCUAGAUAAUGAAUAGUUUGAUUAUUUAAACCGUGUGUAUAAGCAAUCCUGCCCCGAGCAUUCACGUGUACAGGUCAGAUUUUGCUAGGCUUGUGAAAGGUUUGAUUCUUGGUUGUACAGAUCUAUUAAAAAAGAGAAUAAAACUAUUAAAUAAGGA